AUGUCUUCAUUGAUUGUCAAUGGGCGAUACCCUCCUGUCAACGGCUCUACCCUAAACGAUGUAACCUCUGAAGAACGCUCAAGCGCCAUCGACUUCGUCAACCGCCACAACUUUGUAUUCGAGGAAUUUGACCAUGCCAAAAUGAUUGACACCUUCCUCCCAAGUGCUACUGUUUACCACAGCCAUGGUACCAUCAGUGAGCACCAGCAGAUGAAGGAAUUCUUCGAGAAAAUGUACGGAUUCUUUAUUCCAGGGAUCUCCCGCAGUGCCACAAACCACAUCGUUGAUCGUGAUGAAGAUGGAGGUGUGAUUGUGCGGUAUCAAGAGACCCUUAUCCGUUAUGGCUGGCCGGGCGAUGACACGGCUGGAUUCACUCGAAAGGAUGUGGUUAGGGAGAAUGGAUUGCCCGCCAUAUGGUGGAUUGGGACCAUCAUCGAUCGGCUUCGAAUGACAUCCGACGGCUGGAAGAUUUUUGAGCGAUAUCUUGGAACGCCUUUCAGGAAUGGCGCUCUUGAUCUUGAUCGUGCCCCUACGAAAAUAUCAUCAGUGUGACUGCUCUGCACAUGGAAGAUUUUAACUCUGAUAUCAAUAUUGGUAACUACCGAUCCCUGAGUUCUGCAGAUUGUUCUGAAAGUG